ACAAUUUGGAAGUGUUUAAAAACAUCUUUGCAGUGGCAUUAAACCGGUGGCCGUUAGUUUUCCACACUGAAAAACCCCAACCGUAUAGAUAACAAAUGGAAUCACAGAAGGGCUUCAAGCUUCUUCUGCAACAAUACAAAGCAUUAUUCACCAAGAACUUCCUCCUCGCAUGGCGGAACAAGAGAGCUACAUUCCUCCAACUAUUCUCUUCAAUAUUCUUCAUCUUCUUGCUCUUCAUCAUACAAAAAGCAAUCGAAGCUCGAUUCGGUUCUUCAACCGCCUUCAAGACCGUACGUGAUCCCGAGUCGCUCAUCGAUCCUCCCAUUCCGCCAUGUGAGGAUAAGUUUUUCGCCAAGCUUCCGUGUUACGACUUUGUCUGGAGCGGCAGUGAUAGUGCUAGACUUGGAUCGAUUGUUGAUCGGAUUAGGGCUAAUAAUCCUGGCAGGCCUAUUCCUUCUGAUAAGGUCAGAUCAUUUCGAACGAAGAAUGAUGUGGAUGCAUGGCUUCUUGCGAAUCCUAUGACCUGUCCUGGAGCUUUGCAUUUUGUAGACAGAAAUGCUACUGUAAUUAGCUACGGUUUACAAACGAAUUCUACGCCCAUUGCAAAAAGAGGGGAUUGGGAAGAUCCAACAUUCAAAUUCCAAAUACCACUCCAAAUUGCUGCUGAACGUGAAAUUGCAAGGUCUUUAAUUGGAGAUCCUGGUUUCAGCUGGGUUGUCAAUCUGAAGGAAUUUGCACAUCCUGUAGUUGAAACAUUCUCUUCUGUCGGCACCAUUGGACCAAGUUUUUUCUUGGCGAUUGCCAUGUUUGGUUUUGUGUUACAGAUCAGUUCUUUGAUUGUUGAGAAAGAACUCAAGCUUCGGCAGGCGAUGGCGAUGAUGGGGCUUUAUGAUACGGCUUAUUGGUUAUCAUGGCUUACAUGGGAGGGGAUUAUCACCCUACUUUCAUCUCUGUUCACAGUUCUAUUUGGAAUGAUGUUUCAGUUUGAUUUCUUCUUAAACAACAGUUUUGCUGUUGUGUUUUUUGUGUUCUUUCUUUUUCAAUUAAACAUGAUUGGUUUUGCGUUCAUGUUUUCAUCAUUCAUCACCAAGUCCACUUCAUCUACAGCUGUCGGUUUCUCUGUAUAUAUAGUUGGCUUUUUGACACAGAUUGUUACCGCAUUUGGAUUUCCCUACAGUGACAACUUCUCUGACACAUACAGGGCCAUAUGGUCAUUUUAUCCACCUAAUCUUCUUGCUAAAGCCCUUCAGUUGCUUUCUGAUGCCACAUCCACUCCUCAAGACCCGGGUAUCAGCUGGGCCAGUAGAGGCAAGUGUGCACCGAAUGACACAGACUGUCUAAUAACACUGAACGAUAUCUAUAUAUGGCUCUUAGCAACAUUUAUUUUGUGGGUUGCUCUGGCAAUCUACUUUGAUAAUAUAUUCCCCAACUCAUCGGGCGUAAGAAAACCAACUUUUUACUUUCUGAACCCUGGAUACUGGUCAGGGAAUGGUGGAAACCGGGUGAAAGAGGGUCGGAUUUGUAGUUGCAUGAGCUCUAUACCACCUUCAGAUCAAACGUCUCCAGAUGACGAGGAUGUACUUGAAGAGGAAAACAUUGUGAAGCAGCAACAUAGAGAAGGUGUUGUUGACCCAAAUCUUGCAGUUCAGAUACAAGGUCUUGUGAAAGUAUAUCCUGGAACAACUAACGUUGGUUGCUUUAAUUGCAAGAAAACUGCACCUUACCAUGCACUUAAGGGUUUAUGGGUGAACUUCCCGAAGGAUCAGCUCUUUUGCCUUUUAGGACCGAAUGGAGCUGGAAAAACUACUGCAAUCAAUUGCUUAACUGGAAUCACACCAGUCACUGAAGGAGAUGCUCUGAUAUAUGGACAUUCCAUCCGAAGCUCUGUUGGCAUGUCAAAUAUUCAGAAAAUGAUAGGUGUUUGCCCCCAGUUUGAUAUUCUUUGGGAUGCUUUAUCUGGUCAAGAACACCUCUAUCUAUUUGCCAGUAUCAAGGGUCUGCCCCCUUCUUCACUUAAAAUGGUUGUGCAAAAAUCAUUGGCAGAGGUGAGACUUUCUGAGUCGGCCAGAGUGAGAACUCGUAGCUACAGCGGAGGAAUGAAACGCCGUCUCAGUGUUGCAAUAGCUCUAAUCGGUGAACCGAAGUUAGUCAUCUUAGAUGAACCGACUACUGGUAUGGACCCGAUAACUCGAAGACAUGUUUGGGAUAUUAUUGAGAAUGCAAAGAAAGGUCGAGCUAUUAUUCUCACAACACAUUCAAUGGAAGAAGCUGAUAUUUUAAGUGAUAGAAUAGGAAUCAUGACAAAAGGUAGACUUCGCUGCAUUGGAAAUUCAGUCAGAUUAAAGUCAAGAUUUGGUACUGGUUACAUUGCUAACAUAAGCUUCUCUGGGACCACUACUGAUGUCACCACUCAUGAGGACGUGAAAAUGUUCUUUAAAGAUCGUUUAGAUGUUCUUCCGAAAGAGGAAAACAAGUCGUUUCUCACUUUUGUUAUCCCACAUGACAAGGAGGGCCUACUAACGAAUUUCUUUGAGGAAUUGGAAAAGAGAGAGGAGGAAUUUGGUAUAUCGGACAUCCAGCUCAGCCUUACAACUCUCGAAGAAGUCUUCCUCAACAUUGCAAAGCAGGCCGAGUUUGAAAGUGCUGCAGCCGAAGGUAGAUUCACCACAUUGACUUUGACCUCCGGAACUUCUCUUCAAAUACCAGUUGGAGCAAGAUACAUAGGAAUUCCAGAAACAAUUUCAACAGAAAAUCCAAGAGGAUCCAUGGUGGAAGUGUUCUGGGGCCAAGAUGAUGCUGGUACUCUCUGCAUUUCAGGCCACUCAAAUGAAACACCGAUACCGCCUCAUGUCCAGCUCAGCAAUGUUCCAUCCAGAAGAAACUUCUUUGGCCGAUCUGGGCCAGUUCAUGGAAUCGUGAUUGACCCGAAUGACAUUGGUAAUUCAACAUCUUGAUUAUUAACUAUAUCUAUAUGUUUGUUCUUGGUUUUUGUAGAGUAAUAUAAUCAUGUUGUAUUGGAUUGCAAUGUUUAUACUUUGUAUCCUUGUUUCAGUUUUGAUCACUCUUUAUAGUAUUGUAUAUAUGACCAGUGAUUAAUGAAGAUAAUACUACCUUUUUGUAACA